AUGGCCCGUUUUGGAUAUACUUCGGCUGCUGUCAUAGCCCUUGCAUGCCUGGCUGUUGCAGCUCCCACCCCGCUGGCUCGUCGCGAUGUUUCGGCCGAGGAUCUGAGCCAGUUAGUCCUGUUUGCCGAGUACUCCGCGGCAUCCUACUGCACGCCCAACAUCAAUUCUACUGGCAACAAGCUGGUAUGCGCAAGCGGGAACUGCCCAACAGUCGAGGAAGCUGAAACCACCACGCUGGCCGAGUUCUAUGAAGAGAAUGAAUACGGAGAUGUAGCGGGCUUCCUGGCCGCAGACACAACCAACGAGCUGAUCGUCGUGUCUUUCCGCGGAAGUCGCACAGUCGACACCUGGAUCGCAAACCUUGACUUUGGCAAGGACGGAGUUGAUGAUCUCUGCAGCGGAUGUGAAGUCCACGGCGGGUUCUGGAAAUCAUGGCAGGUUGUUGCGGACACGCUGACAUCUGGCGUUAAAUCUGCCCUCGAGACCUACCCCGGGUUCACCGUGGUCUUCACUGGUCACAGCUUUGGAGCGGCACUGGCUACUCUCGGAGCGGUGCAGCUGCGGAAUGCAGGCUAUUCCAUUGAACAUUAUGGAUAUGGAAGCCCGCGAGUUGGCAAUGAAGCCUUAGCGCAGUACAUCACAGACCAGGGCGGCAACUACCGAGUCACGCACACCGUCGACAUCGUGCCCAGACUGCCGCCCAUGGCAUUUGGAUUCAGCCACCUGAGCCCCGAAUACUGGAUUACUAGUGACGACGAUGUCACUCCCACGACGGCUGACAUCAAGGUUAUUGAGGGUGUUGGAUCGAGAGAUGGAAAUGCUGGCGAGGACGUGCAACUCUCAUCGGCGCAUGGAUGGUAUCUGAUUGACAUUAAUGCCUGCCAGUGA